AGACGAUGAUACGUAUUUAAUACCUAAAAAGUUUCAGUUUCGAUAAUGUUUUAUUAAUGCUUUUAUUUAGUUAUUAUUCUUUAAAGUUUAUGCCAAGUUAAUAUUUCACAAGAUCUUUAUUUUAAUAUACGUAAAAAAUAAAUGAUAUUUUAAUUAAAUAUUGCAGCCUUUAAAGUUGUUUUGGUAUUUGUGUAACUUUGAGGAAUUACUUAAGGAACAGGAAAAAACGAAAGUUACCAAAAAAACGGAAGAUUGAUAAUUUCAUUGAUAAUUUAAACUUAUUAGGCUUUUCUGCGUCAAAUUCUUCAAGAAAUGGGAAACAUACCAAGUAUAACACUUCAAUCUAAUAUUAACUUGGUUAAAACAGCUCAAGCUGAGUAUGAUUUUCUUCGUCUUGUUGACAAAUUUCCGACUUUAUAUUGUGAAAACGUGUUGAAAAAUGCGGUAUACCGUUAUGAAAAUUACUGGCUGCCUCUUCUUGCAAAGUACAACCUAGUUGUAAUUGCUCCACUAGAUAUUGAAUGGGUUUGGCAUUCGCAUAUACUAAAUCCAUCAGCAUACAACAAAGAUUGUAAAAAGCUUGUUGGUAAAGUUAUUGAUCAUGUUCCGAUGUUCUUAGCCCUAGAUACUCUUAAUAUUUCAAAAAAAUACUGGUCAGUGGAAUAUCCUAAUGUAGAUUACCAAGUUGAUUUAUCUGAUAUAAAUCCUUUACUUAUAUCUACUGAACCAUUUAAAUGUUCUUAUGAUAUUGUUUCUGCUGCUCAACGUCACAGAAUCUUCAGCUAUAACGUUUUGUUUCCGCAUUUCAGAGACGUUGAUUUUUUGAAAAAAGCGGUGAAACGCUAUUUUAUUAUGCUUUCUAUUAAACGUGACCAUCGACAAACGUUUGUUGUGCCAUGCUAUGAUAAUGAUUUAGUUUGGCAUGGUCAUCAGCAAAAUGUAUUACAUUAUAAUGCGGAUAUGAACUCAAUUUUGGGAGAGCCCCUUAAUCACGAUGAUACAAGUUCUGACAGAAGUGAAGGGUCUCAACUUCAAAAAGGAAUGAACGAAACAAAAGAGUUAUGGCAAAAGUAUUCAUCAAAAUAUACAAUUAACGGUGGAAUGUUUCGUGGUGAACCUCCAAUGCCCAACUUAAAUAUAGGCAAAUACUUUUACAGUCGAUCGAUUUUAAAACGUUGGGGAUCGACAUUUCAUUUCAAAUCAUUUUCCGUUAGCGAUGUUUCGUUAAUCGAUUUUUUAGAUGUCAUCAAUCGUGAUUUUGUUGUUAAAAUAAUUGUGAAAAACAAUGGGAGUAAAGUUGCAGAGUUUUGCAAAAAAUACACAUCAGCCAAUGGAGCACUUCAAGUUGUUUAUUCUCUAGGAGAGGCAUCUUUUCGAAUAAUAUCUAGUUUAAUUUAUGAUGUUGAUAUCGUUUGCAUUUAUCCUUCUAUAUCAAAAGAGUUUUCUGGUAAAAUCACUCAUUUAGAAUAUUAUAAAAAGCAAUAUACAGUAGAUUUAAAAUGCAAAUCAAAUAAAGAAUCAAUAACAUUCGAAAUAUCAUCAUUUUUGAGCAAUUAUGAAAGGUUUGAAGAGAUAAUAUUUAAAACGGAAGGAGAUUACAAAAUUGUUCUAUCACAACUUAAAGAUGCAAUUGACUGUUUCCCAAUGUUAUUCUCGAGUUCAGGUCUUCAUACUUUUUCAAAUCAUAAUUGUGAAUACACAGAAAAUUUAUUAAAAGCGGAUGAUAGUUAUCUUUUAUCUUGGAAAGUUGUACAUUCAAAAGAUCCUCCAUUAUCUGUUAUAGAAAUUCGCGAUAAUUUUGGAAACAUAAUUUCAACUUCACACUCUGUAGAUUGUUCAUCGAUUCCCACUAAAAAACAAGUUUCAAAUUUGAAUAAAAAUUUUACUUUUGAUCAUCGUUUUGAAAGAGCAAUGUUAAUUAGGGGAACAAGAGGCGACUGGGGUUUAAUAAAAGCUUCUUGGAAAGGUUUUACUUAUUCGAAAUCCAUUCUUUAUGCAAAACGUGGAAAGCUAGAUGUUCAAUUGUUUAUGUUAAACGGAGUAGAAUCAACAUUUGUAAAAGUGGAAUCGUGUACUUUAGGUAUAGAGUUUAUUAUAAAUAAUUCGAUUACUGUAAAUUUGAACUCGGGAUUUAUUUCUUUAUCUAAAGACUUAAAAGAUGUACCACAAUGUCUAUGCGUUGGUUUAUCAAUUGCUGUCUUAUUUGUUCUCUGCCAACCCAGACCAGCGCCACAAAAUGGUAUUUAUAAGGAUUCUCCACCAAAUUUAAACUUAGAUUCUAUGUACAUGUUACGUGGAGCAGGGUUAUAUUCUGAAUUUCUUCCCAGAUCUUAUCACCGAGUUUGUCGUGGCGAAAGGUUUUACCAAGAGUUAAGCAUGCCAUUUAUAACCAAUACAAUUUAUUCAACAGAAUGGAUUAAAGAUGCAGGACUUUGCGGAGGAUGUGGAGGUGGUGGUUGUGGGAGUGGUGGUUGUGGUGGUGGAGGUGGAUGUGGAGGUGGGUGUGGAGGUGGGUGUGGAGGUGGGUGUGGAGGUGGAUGUGGAGGUAGAUGUGGAGGUGGAUGUGGAGGUGGUUGAUGUUAAGGUUGAUGCGGAGAUUGAUACUAAGGCUCACGUUGGGAAUAAUCCUGUAUUAUAUAUAAUAUAUUUUUUUAUAAACGGUAAUUUUUUUUUUAAUUUUAUAUAAUUUUUUAUUGUUUGUAACCAAAAUUGGCAUACCAGUGGACAUGCAUUGUGCGGAAACGCCCGUGGAAUGUCUAAUGGACAUCUUGACGUCCGUGAGCAUCUGAAGCACGCCCCCUGGACAACGCGUGCCCACUGGGAUAUUUUGAAAAAAAAGAUAUAUUUUUUCAAGAUAUGUUAUAUAUAUAUAUAUAUAUAUAUAUAUAUAUAUAUAUAUUUGAACUUUGCAAUUGUAGUAUAUUUUUAAAACAUUUUAUAUUUAGCAUAAUAAUUUUAUGAUUUGUGUCAAAUUCAAAUCAGUCAUAGAUAUUGUUAACACAUCAUGUUAAUCAAAUGUCUUUAUGAUUAAAUAAAUUAACGCUG